AUGAUUUGGACUCCGCAAAUGAUGCUUACUAACAGUGUCAAGAAAAUAGACCGUAUAUCUGAGGAUUGGCAUGCAGUGAGUGUUACUGACUUGGGACGUUGCUUUUAUUAUAUUGGCAACGUGUUUACUUCAUCUUGUGAUGUCGACGUUACUUUCUAUCCAUGGGAUAAACAGACAUGCAGUUUUGAGUUCAUGCCGGCCAAUUACGACCCCAGUAAGAUCAAGCUUUCCCCAUCCAAAAGGGAAGUGUUGUUGAACCACUUCUCUGGGAAUGGCGCAUGGGAUCUCGUAAGUACUGGUGUGAAAACACAACUAGGCGAUUACAUGGUGCUGUUCGAGAUUGAGAAAUCUCGCUGUUAG